AUGGAACGCUUUGUCCGUGUUCCCUAUGGCUCAUACCAGGGCUAUGGGAAUACAAUGCCUUUGGGCCAGCCAGGACUCUAUGAGCACAGACAGCCUGAAUGGAGGCGAAACACUGGUUCCCCCACUUUCCUGGCCAGGACUGGGUUGGUGGUGCCCUCAAAUGCCUCUGAGUACUGCAUGGACCCUUCUAAGAGGGAGCGGCUUAUGGCCAUUCUCUCCCAGAUGAACCCCACCCUGCGACUUUGCAAGGCCAACACCAGGGAGGUGGGCGUGCAGGUGAGCCCACGGGUGGACAAGUCCGUGCAGUGCUCGCUGGGUUCUCACACCUUGCACAGACACUCCCCGUGGGGCAGCACAGGCCACAAGUUACCCCUGCUGGCCUGGGGAAUCUAUUCACCAGCGAUAGGUCGCAGGAACUUGAUCCAGCUGCAGAAGGAGGGGGAAGAGCAGGAGACAAAGGCACUUUUGGAUCCUGCAGAGGCCAGCCAGCAGCAGCAGCAGUCACCACCAAUGCCAACGUCUGAAGAGGACACACAGGAGGAGCUUAGGCAUCCUGAGUUGGGGGAGAAGAUGAAGCAGACACAGAGAGUCGGCAGAGCAGAUCUGCUCAGAAAACCCAACUUCCAGUUUUUGGACCCCAAAUAUGGCUAUUUUCACUGUAAAGAUUGUAAGACCAGAUGGGAGAGUGCUUGUGUGUGGUGCAUUUCCAGAACUAACAAGGUUUAUUUCAAACACCUGUGUUCCAAAUGCCAAAAGAGUGUUAACCCUUAUCGAGUAUAAGCAGUCCAAUAUCAGACCUGUUCCAAGUCUUGUUGUUCCUGUCAUCAAAAGAAAAGAUGCAUUGAUCUAAGGAAGCCGCACUGACAGAAACUGUGUGGCUGCUGCGAAGAUGAGAGCUUCUCCUGUGACCAUACUUACAGCUUUAAAUCCACCAUGUGA